AUGGAUUCUGUGACACUUUUGCCAUUAAAAUCUUCAUCGAAAAGUUUAUUUAUGAUGAUUAGAAAAAAAUUUCACAUAAAAUUAAAUAUUCCAAUUUUGUUAAUGAUAUUAUUGAUUGUUUUCUUAUGUGUACAUUAUUUACCUUCUACAAAGUGUUCUAAUGAACAAGAAGCAAAAAAUAAAAUAAAAAUUAGAUUUAUAAUACUUAUACUUUCCAGUCCUGAUAACUUAGAACGAAGAGCAACUAUUAGAAAGACAUGGUUGGCACAAAAACAAGCUUCAGUCAAACAUUUUUUUGUAAUAGGAACUUUAGAUACAUUGCCAGAGCAAAAAGAAACUUUAUAUUCUGAAAAACAAAAAUUUAAUGAUUUACUUUUAUUAUCAAGAUUACCAGAUUCAUAUGGAACUUUAACAAAGAAAGUUUUAUAUGCAUUCAAGGAAAUUUAUGAAUAUUAUCAAUUUGAUUUCUUAAUGAAAUGUGAUGAUGAUACAUUUGUUUUGGUACAUAAAAUUUUAAGAGAGCUAGAUAAAUGGGAUAACAAAGGAACAAAAAAAGAAUUAUAUUGGGGAUUUUUUAAUGGAAAAGCACAAGUCAAAAGAAGUGGACCAUGGAAAGAGAUAGAUUGGAUAUUAUGUGAUUAUUAUCUUCCUUAUGCACUUGGAGGAGGAUAUGUUUUAUCUUAUAAUUUGAUAAAAUUUAUUGCAACAAAUGCAGAUAUUUUCAAAUUAUACAAAGCAGAAGAUGUAUCUGUUGGAGUUUGGAUAGCAUCUUUGGCAAAUAUUGAAAGAAAACAUGAUGUGCGAUUUGAUACAGAAUAUAGAUCACGUGGAUGUUCUAAUCAAUAUAUAGUUAUGCAUAAACAGACUAUUGAAAACAUGAAAAAUAUGUAUGAAUAUUAUCAAGCAUCUGGAGCAUUGUGUGUAAAAGAAAUAAGAAAUCGUAUGAGUUAUCAAUAUAAUUGGACAGUUCCACCCAGUCAAUGUUGCAAUUUACAAUCUGGUAUCCCAUAGUAAUUAAAAUUAUCUCUCUUUUUUUUUUAUAUACAUUUAAUCUUCUAGUCAUUAUUUCAUUUUAUAUAUUUAUAUUUAACCAACUAAAUAUGUUGGUAAGUACUUAUAAAUAUUUUAUUUAUAAUAACUAUGUUAUAUAUUAUAAUGAUGUAAUCUAAAUAAUAGUAUGCUUCAUAGUUUUUAUAAUUAAUUAAAGAAUGAAUAAUAAUAAACACAUAAAAUACUUUGAAUAUUAUUACAUUAUUACAUAUAUUAAAAUAUGUUAUUUCAUUAAUACUUAUUUUUUAUAAUAUAUAAAUUAAACAUUAACAUAAUUAUUUUUUAUACAUAUGUUUGAAAUAAAAUUAAAAAUAGAAAUAGAAAUUAAAAAUCUGAUUUUUGUAAAUUAAAUAUAUUUUUCUCAUUAUAUAUGUAUAGUAUACAUACAUACAUGUGUAUAUAUGAUAUAUAUACAUAGAAAAAAAUUUACUCUAUAUAUAUCAUUUACAUUUAUAAAAUAUAAAAACAGCAAUAUUUUUUCUAUUUUAAUACAAUAAUUAUGUAGAAUAAGAUAUUAUAUUUCAAUUGAGCAAAUCACAGAUAUUCAAAAAUGACCAAUUUAUAAUAAAUUACUACUUUUAUCUAAAAGAAAUAAUAGAAAGACAAUAAUAGUCAUGGUCGAUUUUCUUUUCUGUGAUAAGCUAUUAAUUUACUGCAUUUUCAUUACAUCUUAUAUUGCUGACAUAAAUAUUAAAUGUAAUAUUUAAUUAUUUUUAAUAAAAACUAUAAUAAGAAAUGUAAAUUAUUUUUAAAAUAAAAUACUUAAUUUUUUUUUUUUCAAAAAGAAGUAGAUAUUUUAAGAAUAAUUUUUCCUAGCAAUAUUAGC